GUCCCAGCACAAGAAGGUUUGUUUUGGCUAAUUAAAAGCAUCCAACUGUCUCUAGGAGACCUUAGCCCUCUGCAGGAACCAAACGGCUUGAUUUAAGUCAUGUCACAGUUCAGGGAAGAGCCUUGUGAGCAUCUUAAAACUAUUGCUUUGUUCACUAAUAUGAGCGGUUGGGGGGUUUGGUCUAUGGCUUUUCUGGUUUGUGCUGCGAGGUGGCAAGGACUGCUUAGAACAACAGUGUGUAAUGAGACAGAGCUGAGCCCUGGGGCAAAUGAAGCUGUGAUUUCUAAACCUGUAAAAACUCAGGAGAGCAUGCAUUAAUGCCGUAGCUUUCAGUCCUAGCUUCUAGUAAGCAGAUAGGGGCCAUUAUACCCCUGUGAGCAGAACUAGGGAUGAGGAGGAAUAUCUCUGUAAAAUCUUGGAGAAGAACAAGCAUGGUGACUGGUUUAAAAACAAGCAAACAAAAACCCUCUCACAUAAGCAAGAUGUUUCUGCCCUAGAAUGUGAGACUUCAUCCAGCAUGAGGAUUUGAGUCCUCUUAGUGCUGACGCGGGCAUUAGCCAGUGGUGUGUCCUGCUGCUAGGCUGAGUGUUUCUUGAAGUCAAGGAAUUUAUGAUGACUAUUUUGGCUGUAAAGCUUUUUGUGUUACAAAAAAAGAAAUUGUGCUGUGUGUGUUCUGUAGUAGCUGGUAGAGAUGGAUGGGUGUGAGUAAGCUGUCUUGCUGAUGGUACCUUUGAGAGUCCAGACUGAUGGAUCUUACAAAUACUUAGUGGCAAUUUGUUAUUCUCUCUCCAGUGGAGUUAGCUCUGUGUAAGACUGAGAGGUCUGCCAGAGACCUUCACAGCACAUGAAGCUGCACAUCCAAGCUAAGUGCUCAGAGCAGAUCUAGUGGAUGAUGCUUUGCUUUUCUGUAUUUGCAGUCUUGCCUGUCCUAGCCCAGCCAAUGUCACCACAGCUAGCAUAGCUCCAUCAGCAGUUUUUCCUUCAGGAUUUCCUAACUGUGGCCAGGAACAUGCAGCCGCUGUGCUCUGGCGUGUCUGUGUUGUGAUACAGAUGAAUGUGGUUGGAUGAUGUGUAAACACUGCUGCAUGUUCUGAUGCUGAAUGUGUGCAAGCUGUUUGCACAGCGUUACUCAUUUAUCCCCCUAGUCUUUUCCAUGCUCUCUGCAAACUCUGCUGCCUCUCUAUCUCCCCUGAUAAGCGGGUGUGUGAUCUGAGAUGGAGCUAGCAACCAGAGCUGAAGGUGGGCGGGAGUCCCGCAUGCAUAGUUUGGGGGCAGCUUGGUUUCUUUUCUGAUAAGCCUGUGCCUCUUGCGGCAGUGCUGUGCGCGCUCCUCUUAAACUGUAAUCAUAAUCCUCUUUACAGCAGGCGCUGCUAUCCCCACAGGAAGCAUUAGCAAUAUCACAAAGUGUGGAGACUUCAUUGUUUUCCCCUAAUCUGUGAAGGGAGCUGAGACAAGACAGAGGAAACUUUAACCUAUUCUGUGCUUCGGUGGUAAAUAAUUGUCUUUUUACUGGCUGGAAGAAUGGAGGAAGCCUCUUAAUAUAGAUAAAGUAAGUGCAAGGCUCGCAGGCUUAUCAUGCUCUGUGGAAUUCAGGAAAGGACAUGUCCUUGAAUUCGCCUAUCUGCCAUGCCCCAUUUUUUGUGUUUGGGAGAAAUGAGUAUAUUAAAGCUGCCCUAAGUGACUGCUGGAUGUAAGGCACCUCUUGCCAGGAAACGCCAUAGCUACUCUUUUGUUUGAGGACCCUGAACAAAAGGCUUUGGAUGCUUAAUAAUGUGCAAAUUUGGGUGGGUGGGAAAUAGAGAAGGUUAAUAGGGCAGACUGACAGAGGAGGAGCUGAGCUUGGGAGAGGAGGAGAGGGAGAGGAAUGCCGAGGACAUGGCAGCACGCACAGGGAGAUAGAACAGGAGCAGCAGCUCUUUCUUGUCGUGCUAAAGUUAAUGUGGUCACCACUGGAAAUUUUGGGGUUGAGCAGCCUGGAUUACUGCACUGGGAUCCUGAAGCAAGGAGACUGAUGUGUGUUUAGCACGGCCCGACUUGUGGUGACCAAGCACUUCUCUGGAGGUCUGUCCCUCCGAGCAGCACACAGGAAGAGUUGGAUCAAGCAGCCUGAAGACCAUGGAGGGAGACUGUCUGAGCUGCAUGAAGUACCUGAUGUUUCUUUUCAAUUUUUUUAUCUUUCUGGGAGGAGCAUGUCUGCUAGGAGUUGGGAUCUGGGUCAUCGUGGAUCCAACAGGUUUUCGAGAGAUCGUGGCUGCCAACCCUCUGCUCUUCACAGGAGCAUACAUCAUGCUGGCUAUGGGAGCAAUGCUCUUUCUGCUGGGUUUCCUUGGCUGCUGCGGUGCCAUCCGUGAGAACAAAUGUCUCCUACUUUUUUUCUUCAUGUUUAUUUUGUUAAUCUUCCUGGCGGAGCUUUCAGCUGCAAUUCUGGCUUUUAUCUUCAGAGAAAAUCUGACGAGAGAGUUUUUCACCAAGGAGCUGAAGAAGCAUUACGUGAGGAACAACGACACAGAUGUCUUCUCCUCCACCUGGAAUUCUGUUAUGAUCACAUUUGCCUGCUGUGGAGUGAACGGACCAGAAGAUUUUGACGCUGUCCCUCUACCUCCACAUUUGCCAAUGGAAGAGACUACUACACCAGAGGCUUGUUGCCAACGAAAGCUCCAGAGCCGAGAAGGGAUGAUUGUUAACAGGCAAGCCUGCCUCCUAGGCAUCGAGAGAUUUCAGAACCGGCAGGGCUGCUACACUGUGAUCUUGAACUCCUUUGAGACCUACGUGUAUCUCGCAGGAGCCCUGGCCAUCGGAGUGCUGGCCAUUGAGCUGUUCGCCAUGAUUUUUGCCAUGUGUCUCUUCCGAGGGAUCCAAUAAGAGGCACCCUGUGGACCACCACAUUCCCAACAUCGGAUUGAUGCUUGGAAGAAAGAAGGAAAAUCAGACAAAACACAACCUGAAAACACAAACUUUAUUUUUUUUAACAAAAUGGGGUAGGGGGGAAAAAUGGAGGGGGGAAAAAAAAAAAAGAAAAAGAGGGUUGUAAUAUAUGAAUGACCAAAAGGAUUGUACUUCAGGGGCUGGAACUUUGAGGUGAUGUGCACUACACUGUACACCGGACCCUUGCCCAGAGCCACCCACAGCAGCUGUGGAGCAGGAGCCCAGUGCAGCCACUUACGCUGUGGACAGAUGGAGCCUAUGGGGAGGAGUGGGAGGACAAGCACAGCUGCCCCUCCCACCUAUCAGUGCAAAGCCAUGCCUACCAUUCACAGCUUCAUCGUGGUUUAGACAGCAAAGGACCGAAGAACAGCAACCCAGGGGCAGCAAGGUUGCAUCAGGCAGCGACGUUGGCCAAAGUCUGGGACUGCCGAGGUGGGUUUCCAAGAAGUGGUGCUGGCGGCUCGUCUAAGAAACAGGCAGUCAUUGCUUGUGUGACUCUGGCUUUAAUUCCCAGCCACAGAGUGAAAACAUACACUCUUCCUUGUAUGUAAGCUUUGCCCCUAUCGCCUGAAACUUGUCAGAGAAGUCAAACACUUCAGGCAGUCUGGCUUUUCUCUGGAGCCCUAAAUGGGGGCAGAGUGGUCUCACUUAAACAUGGGACUCAUCCAGGGCUGGCUGAUGAUUAAGAGUUUGAAGCCUGCCUUUCUGAUUUUUCCUUUUUUGUUCAGUGUUUUACUGGGAAGAAAAAAAAAAAAGAGCAAGUUGUUCCCUGCUGUGUUCCCAUUCCCUGGGAAAAAUAAUGGCUCUGGUCAAGAAUAGCUGAUUCUGCUGCCUUCCUGAAAGGGGAGGUAAUAGUGUUUAAUACUUGUCAGCCUUUUGCCUUUCACUUCAUCCUUGCAAAAACUGUUCUGUGUUGUUGCUAUUAGUAUAUGAGGGCUGCUCUGAAAGUAAAGCCUCCUAUUGUGUUAUAUUUGCCCACAAAGUCAGAGGCGGAUGUUGGUAGUAUGGCAGUAGAAGUUGAACCUUCCCAUCAAUAUCCCAUCACAUGUCAUUGCUAUACAACAGAUGACAGGAGAAGGGGCACUUUGACAGAAUGGUGUCAGACAUGCAAGUGCAUAUGAAGCAGAGGUGUGUCAUAGAAUCCUUGUGGAAAACAUGGCACCCAUUGACAUUCAUCAAUGCUGAAUGUUUCUGGAGACCAAACAGUGGAUGUGAGCACAGUGAGGUGGUG